AUGACAUCCGCCUCAACAAUUCUGGCAACGUGCAAACAGACACGGUUCCAUCUGCUAGAUGACAAUCCUUCGAAGGAGAUUGAUGUAGAUGGACUGAACAUCAUAGUCACAUUAUCCGCCCCCGAAUCCACGGAAGAUGCAUCGAAAUCAAAGACCAAAGGGAAAUCAAAGGCCAAGGCUGCAGGGAGAGAGCUCAUCUCAGACGCCCACCUACGACUCAAGGCAGGCGUUCACUAUGGGUUGCUAGGUCGAAAUGGAACUGGGAAGUCUACGCUCCUCCGGGCAAUGGCAGAGAAACUCAUUCCUGGCAUCCCGCAUGCGACGCGCAUGGCGAUUUUGCAGCAGACGGACGAACAAGAUGACAAAACUUUUGGUGAAGAUCCUAAUCAGGACAAAACUGUUCUGGAAGCCGUUCUCAGCAGCGAUGAAACAAGGAACGAGGCUGUUCGGAUGGCGGAGUUCCUAUCGAAGAGUUUUGAGACUGAAGAUCCAAUGCAGCCCGUGCGGGCAAUUCGCAAAAUCCGACACCAGAAAGCAGAAAAGCAUCUCUUUCUAGCACACAAAAACGCAAGCCUGAAAAGCGGUGCUCGAGGUCUACAAGCAAGGAAAGACUUGAAGGCUGCCGAGGGGAAGCUCGAGGCCACAUCAGAAAUGUUGGCACAGGAUUUAGACGCCAUCGAUGCGGAUAUGGUCCAGUCGGAUACCCAAGCUGCCGUCGAAACAUUACAAAAUUUACAGUCUCAACUCGAAGAUAUGAAACUUGCCGAUAUGGAGCAACAAGCUCGUCGUAUUCUCCUUGGUCUCGGCUUCAAAGAAGACGGAUUCGGGAAGAAAGUUUCGACGCUCUCAGGUGGUUGGCGUAUGCGAUGUAUGCUAGCCAGCAUUCUUGUUCAAGACCCCGACAUCAUGAUCCUCGAUGAGCCAACCAAUUUCCUGGAUCUUCUGGGAGUGGUGUGGCUGGAGAACUACCUGAAACAGCUCCGCGACACAUCAGAGACAACCAUCGUCUUGGUUUCACACGACAGGGAUUUCAUCAAUGCUGUCUGCGAGGAGAUUGUCAUCAUCCGAGACCAGAAACUGACGUAUUUCCGAGGGAACCUGUCUGCAUACGAGCAAGAUUUCGAGGAACAGAAACUCUACCUGGGGCGCAUGAAGGAGGCUCAAGAGCGUCAGGUUGCACAUAUGGAAGCUAGUAUCCGGGAGAAUAUCAAGAUUGGAAAAAAGACCAAUGACGAAAACAAGCUGAGACAAGCUAAGUCGCGACAGAAGAAAGUUGAUGAUCGGAUGGGUCUCCAAGUCAGCGCGAACGGGGGGCGUUUCAAACUGAAUCGUGAUCUAGUCGGAUUUCAUCUCCAGAGUCGAGCUGAGAUCGACGUUCCGACAGAUGAAAAGGGCGCGACUAUGAGUUUGCCUGAUGCGACGGAGUUGCGGUUUCCCGGGCCGUUGGUAUCGCUUGAGGGUAUUGUUUUCCAGUACAAGAAAGCCGACCGUGUCAUCCUGGACGACGUGAACUUGGUCGUUCAUCUGGGUGAUCGUGUCGGGAUUAUGGGUCUCAAUGGUUCGGGGAAGACCACUCUGCUCCGAGUUCUGACGGGACAGCUAUCUCCUUCCAAGGGCAAAGUGUCAACUCACUCCCGGCUGAAAGUGGGUUACUAUAGCCAGCAUUCCGUGGAAGAACUGCAAGAGCGUGGCCGAGGCGAGCCUAGCUUAACUGCACUGGGAUUAUUAACGAUUGAAACCGAAGGAUCCCUGAAUGAAGGUGCUAUUCGAGGUCUACUUUCUUCAAUGGGGUUAGCAGGUCGUAUCGCAUCUGAUGUCCCUGUUGCCAAACUAUCAGGUGGACAAUUGGUCCGCCUUGCAUUAGCUCGAAUCGUCUGGAGCGCACCACAGCUUCUCAUUCUUGAUGAAAUCACUACGCAUUUAGAUUUCUACACUGUCACUGCAUUAGCUACGGCUAUCUCCUCAUUCAACGGUGCUGUGCUUCUAAUUUCACACGAUCGUUUCCUUGUUCGAUCUGUGGUCGAGGGCAAGCGAGACACUGAGCACAAACUGGACGAAGAUUUCGAAGGACUAGAGGAGGAAGAGACUGAAGAAACGCCAAGGCGACGGGCUACUCGCCAGUGGGGCAUCCAGACUCGACUCCAGAGCACUCGCGCCGCAUCAAGACCUAACGCCACCGUCACCUCCCCCGAAUUACCACCUCCGCACACAUCAACCGAAUCCUCUAAACUAUCAAAACUCAAGUCUGCGAAGCCCUUCUCCGAUUUCCUCACCGAUACCUUCAAUCGCCAACAUGACUAUCUGCGCAUUAGCAUCACGGAACGGUGCAAUCUUCGGUGUCUGUACUGCAUGCCCGAAGAAGGUAUAGACCUCUCGCCCUCUGCGAAACUGCUUACGUCCCCGGAGAUUCUAUACCUGUCCUCGCUAUUCGUCUCACAAGGCGUCACUAAAAUUCGAUUGACGGGCGGGGAGCCGACGGUCCGCAAAGAUAUCGUACCGUUGAUGCAGGACAUUGGCAAGCUGCGACAAAAUGGGCUUCGGGAACUGUGUUUGACAACCAAUGGGAUCUCAUUACAUCGAAAAUUGGACCCGAUGGUGGAGGCUGGGUUGACCGGAGUCAAUCUCAGCCUGGACACGCUGGAUCCGUUCCAGUUCCAGAUCAUGACAAGACGCAAGGGAUUCGAUGCUGUGAUGAAGAGCAUCGACCGAAUUCUGGAAAUGAACAAGGCAGGUGCGGGGAUCAAGCUGAAGAUCAAUUGCGUUGUCAUGAGGGGAAUGAACGACCGAGAGAUCCUUCCGUUCGUGGAACUGGGCCGCGAGAAACCGGUCGAAGUGCGCUUCAUCGAGUAUAUGCCUUUCGGCGGGAACAAAUGGAACCAGGGAAAGAUGUUCUCAUAUCAGGAGAUGCUGGCUGUCAUCCGAGAGAAGUAUCCCACAUUCGAAAAAGUGGCCGACCACAAGAAUGAUACGAGUAAGACAUACCGUGUUCCUGGCUUCGAAGGCCGCGUGGGAUUUAUCACGAGCAUGACACACAACUUCUGUGGUACCUGCAACCGGUUACGCAUUACUAGCGACGGAAAUCUCAAAGUCUGCCUGUUCGGUAACGCCGAAGUUUCCUUGCGCGAUAUCAUCCGCAAGGAGAACGGUGGGAACCCAAUUGACUUGGACGCAAUGAACAACCUGAAACUGUUGGAAACAGUACAAACUGCAGCACGCCUUAGUGAUGAAGGCGGCUUGGUGAAUGAGCGAGAACGUGAGAUUCUUGACAUCAUCGGUAUGGCAGUGAAACGAAAGAAGGCAAAACACGCCGGCAUGGCGCAACUGAAGGAUAUGAAGAACCGCCCUAUGAUCUUGAUUGCUUCCCAGAGUCGUCUAUACCACUCUGGGCGCUCUAAACCAGAGACCGAAGACCGUAUUCCUCGCCCAUCCCCCUCCCUACCUACCACCUCAGACGCCGACCUCCCUCACCUCACACCAUCCAAGACCGUACACAUGACCCAGAUCACCGAAAAACCCGAAACAAAACGCGUCGCUACAGCCGCCUGCACCGUCUCCUUCUCGAACCCACGACCCUGGGCAAUCCUCCGCGAAGGCCAAACCACACACAAAGGCGACGUCUUCAGCGUUGCCCGGAUCGCGGGUAUCAUGGCCGCAAAAAAAACGCCUGAUAUCGUGCCCCUUUGUCAUCCCGGGAUCGGCAUUACUGGGGUCGAGGUUAGCGUGGAACUAGUUGGGCCUGCGCAGGACAGGGAUCAUGGUGCUAUGCAUGUCGUGGCGUCGGUCAGCUGUUUUGGUCGUACAGGGGUGGAAAUGGAGGCUAUGACAGCUACGAUGGGUGCAGCUUUGACGGUUUAUGACAUGCUGAAGGCUGUGGAUAAGGGGAUGGUUAUUAAUUCUGUUAGAUUGUUGGAGAAACAGGGUGGAAAAAGUGGGCAUUGGGUACGGGAAUAA